CAACAUGUGCUGCAGUUUACUGUACUGUACAUAUAGAAUAGUGAAAUUUCCAUCAUCUAAUGUACUGGUACUGUACUGUAAUUAUACUGAAUGUGUAAGUGUAAAACCCAUGUAUAUUAUUCGUUCAGUUCUUUCAGUAUCGCCGCUCCCUAUAUACGCAGAGUACACAGUUUAUGUAGGGCACCAUCCCAGUUGCUCAAAAAAAACAACAACAACAAAAACUUUUGUUCUAUAUUAAUAUUAACAUGUGCAUAUACAUCCGCGACCACUCGCACCCAUGUUUAUGGCUGAACGCAAAUGAUCAUAAUUGAUGGACAACUUUAUCUGUGAAAAGACAUCAGCAAUCCGGCGCCGAGAAAAUAAAAAAUAAAAAAAAGAUGAAGCCCGUGCAUCACUCUGAGGUACAUUCAUCAUAAUCCUGUGAAACUUUUUUGGCUGUUGACUUUAACAACGUUUUAAUGUCUUCACCACCACCAACGCAUCUAAUAUUCUCUCUGAGUUUCCAUGUUCCCUUACGAAAAUUAGCCAUGGUUUUACUACAAAUAAAACCAAAAAUCGUGGUUCUUGUAACCACAAAUUAACCAUGGUUUUGUUACUUCAAAUAAUAGUUUACAAAGAAGUAGCUAUUAAGAUAAUAUUUUUUUGUGGUUAUAAAAACAGACCUAAGCCAACAACAGCCUUUAAAAUGACUUAAAAUGCAUUAUAUAAAAACAAUGAGGCAAUAAUGAUUGGUUAAUUAAUAAUUAUAUGGUUUAAUUGAAUAACACUGUUAAAAUACAUAACGUAAUACAAAAUAAUUAAUUUAUGUACAUUACAUGUUAUUACAAAUGCCUGCAAAGGGAGCCAAAGGCCUGGUCAUCGCUGCUGUUACACUUAAAGGACGAUCAAGUCCUUGUUUAAUGGGCUAUUGACCAAACAUUUAAUUCAAAUAUCCACUUAAUCUUUCAUUUUUGGCCACCUUUUGGUAUAGAUGACACAGCCGAUAUAAUUUCUUCAACAAAAAACAUGUGGACAUCAAAACCUUAAAACCAAUGCCAAAAUGCCAAAACCAUCAAAAUACUUUUGCGUGACUUCUGAAUGCUUGAGACUAUAAAAUCAAUCGGACAACUGUAUUAAUAAAAUAACAGCCAUAGGUAACUGUCAAGAGCUACAAUUGUAAUUUGUAAAUUAUACUAUUUAAUUACGUUUAUAUUUUAUUAAAGUUCUAUUUUUUUUUACUUCCAUAAUAUGUGAGGGAGGGGGGCACAACAAUACAAUUCUGCUUAGCGCACCCAUUUGGCCAGCAGCGGCCCUGAGCUCUUUCAUCUAUAUCCAUGAUGAAAGUGGAGCGAGCGGACGGAGAAUCGGAUCACCAAACAAUUACGGGUGGAGAUCCGCCCCUGCUUGGCUACAGAUCAAACUGUUGUGCUCAAGUAUUUUAAGACACUGGCUUUCAGUUACAGUCAGGCAGACGCUGUCAGUUAAACUACAUUCAGCUAUAAUGGAAUCAACAUAUAAAGAGCCUGCUGAAGCACUUCAUUCACAGGAUCUGAGGAUUGUGCUGCUGGGAGUAUGUGGAGCUGGAAAAAGCUCAACAGCAAAUGCAAUACUGGGUCGAGAGGCAUUUAAAGAGAGCAGAACCACGGAGAGUGAGAAACAGAGAGGAAGAGUAGAAGACAGAAACAUAUCCAUCAUCGACACUCCAGGAUUCUUCAACACUCAUCUGACCAAUGAAGAGAUGAAGAAGCAGAUGAUGAAGAGUCUGUAUCUCUCCGAUCCUGGUCCUCACGUGUUCCUGCUCGUCAUCAACCUGGUGACCUUCAGAGAGGAGCAGAGGAACAUUGUGGAGCAAAUUCAGGAGAACUUUGGAGAAGAAGCUUUGAAGUUCACCAUGAUGCUUUUUAUUGGACGCGAAAAAAUUUCUAAAAUAAAAUGGAUUCAAAUUACUGAAAGUGAAGAUAUUAAGGAUCUGUUGAACUGUUUUGAGAGAAGAUUUCAUGUGAUAAACAGUAAAAGUGAAUGCGAUCCCUACCAGAUCACAAAGCUCCAGAAGAGCAUUGAUGAAAUGGUGCAGAACAAUGGAGGACAAAACUACAGCAAUGAGAUCUACCUGAAGAAUCAGGAAGACAGACUAAAGCAGAAAGAGGAACGAGAAAAGAUACUAAAACAACAAGACAGAAUGAAAUAUCACAAUGAGAAGUAUGCUGCUGUCCAGGAAGAUUUAAGGAAUCAGAUUGAAAUUCAGAAUAUGACGGAAAUGGGAAAAAAAACCUUAGUCGAUCUCAGGAUUGUUCUGGUGGGUACAACUGGAUCUGGAAAGAGUUCAUCAGGAAACACUAUACUGGGCAGAGAUGAGUUUGAGAAAGGGCCUCAGUUUAGCUCUAUUACAAGACACUGUGAAAAACACGUAACAGCAGUGGAAAGUAGAAACAUCUCAGUCAUCGACACUCCAGGAGUAUAUGAUACAUCAAUGUGUGAAGAACAACUGAAGGCUGAGAUUGAGAAGUGUAUUGAAUUGUCUGUUCCUGGUCCUCAUGCAUUUCUGCUGGUCAUCAGACUGGAUGUGAGAUUCACAGAUGUAGAGAUGAAUGCAUUGCAAUGGAUUUUGGACAACUUUGGAAAAGAAGCUGCUCGUUACACCAUCAUUCUGUUCACUCACACUGAUGCAUUGAAUGGAAAACCAUUUGAUGAGCAUAUCAAAGAAAAUAAAGAUCAACAGCCACUUAUUGACAGCUGUGGUGGCAGAUUUCAUUCAUUCAAUAAUGAAGACGUGAGGAAUCGCUCUCAGGUUACUGAAUUGCUAAAGAAGAUCGAUAAAAUGGUGAAGAAGAAUGGAGGAGCGUACUACACUAAUGAAAUGUAUAGAAAAGCUCAGAAAAAGAUUGAAUGGGAGGCUUUGAAACAAAAAGCUAAAGGCUAUGGAAAAACAGCACUCGCAGCAAUAGGAGGGGUAGGAACGGUAUUAGCAGUAACAGCAGUCAUAGCAGAAGGAGUAGUAAAUGAAAGAGGACCAGCAGAAGUAGCAACAAGAGCAAUACAAGCAAUAGCUGCAACAGCAGCAAAAGAAAAAACUGGCAUGUAAGACCAGGUUUUGACAGCUUGCUUUUGUUUAAAAUCUUUUAUUGCAUAAUUUUCUGUUUAAAUAUUAUAUCUUUACCAUAUCUUUACAAGGAAAAUGAGGUACAAUGUGUUUUUUUCAUAGAAAAAAUGGGACAGAAUAUACACUAUAUUGCCAAAAGUAUUGGGUCACCCCCUUCUAAUAAACAGGUUUGACUACUUUAGUAAUUUCCAUGAGUACAAAUCUUAAUGUUUAAGCAUAUAAUGAUAUUCUAGGGAAUUGUGUGCUUCUAAUUUUAAAACCAGAGUUCAAUUAUAAUGCAUACAUGUGUGUUUGUCUUAUCAUGUUGAAGCUCAUCAGAUCAACAACAAAUGACUGACUGUUUGAACACAUGCACAUACAGCUGUACACUGACAUACUAUGUGUGGUUAACACCGUUUUAAAGCCCGUCAGCAGAAAUAUCAGUGUCCCUCCUUCAACAAGAGAACAUUACUGAACUAUAACUACAGAAAAAUCAAUGAUCUUUUUCUUUAAGUUCAUUUAAUUACAUUUAAUCAAGAUUUUUAGUGUGCAGGAUUGUGUAACCAGAUGUUCUGCUGGCUAUUUCAUGCAUAAUGUUUGUUUUUCAAUUCAAAAAGAAACUCUUUGUGCUCUUUUGUCUGUCGAUUUUGAUCACUGUGUCAUGUGAUUCACGUUUCUGUAUAGCAUUUUAGAGAUAAGCAGGUGAUCAGUCAAUGUA